GGACCUAAAUCAUACGAUUGUUUUAACUGCCAAAGGAGAACUCGCCAGAAAGACAGAUACCCUAUCCACAAGAAGUACAAGUCUCUUCUGUACAAACCUACUGGUAGGACACCAUGUGAAACAGACUCUUUAUGCAACAGAUGUCGCCACAUGUUUGACUCUAUUCUGCGAAGGAAGGAUGACAAGAAAAAGAGCAGCACAUCACUGCAGCAACCUGAGGAAAAGGUUCUUCACCCCUCACAACAGGCUCCAUUCAGUCCGCCUUCGGUUACCCUUCCAUUUCCCUGUACCACCAGAGGUCAUUCUUCAUGUUGCCUAUGCAAGAGACCUGGUCCAAAGCUAGUAGUGGUGCCCGUUGACGUUCGACACAGGAUUUUCAUUUCCCAUGAAAUUGUCAUACCAGCUGGAGCCCGUUGUUGUCCCAAUCAUCUACAGAGAAACAUAGAGAAAAUCAGCCCUUCAGCAGAAACCACUACAGUGAACAGAUCCUACAUAUCUCAGCUCAUAAGAUUUCUAAGAACAGAAGUACUGAAAACUGAGAAGACCAGACUGAGCUUCGACAAUUCAAGUCACCUCAUUGACAGCGACUAUGUUGAUCUUCUAGGAAUUCCGAAAGCUGCUUAUGAUGAUCUCCUGAAAUAUGUGGACAGCAGAGUGAAAAGUACACCAUCAAGAACUGUCAGGACAAGUCUGGCCAUUUUUCUCAUGAAGCUGAGAGGAGGAGAUUCCAACAGGGUUCUUUCUACUCUAUUCAACAUUUCAAAGUCUGGGAUACGAAGAAGCAUUAAGGUCAUUCGCUCUGCUCUCAUUGAUGGAAACUUUGUAAAAGAAAACCUUGGGUUCCAGCACAUCACCAGAGAAGAGAUCAUACAUCAACACACUCGUCCACUUGCACAGACCCUCUUUGGAGACAACACACAGCCACAAGUUAUACUCGUCUUGGAUGGCACAUAUAUCUAUAUCAACAAAAGCAGCAAUUUUAAAUUUCAAAGACAAUCCUUCAGCUUUCAUAAAGGGCGACAACUUGUCAAACCCAUGGUCAUUGUUUCCACUUCAGGGUACUUUCUUUCAGUUCUGGGGCCCUAUUUUGCCAAAGACAAUGAUGCAAGCAUCUUGACCCACAUAAUGAGAAGCAACCUUGAAGAUAUCCGCAAUUGGGUUGAAGAGGAUGACGUCUUCAUUGUGGAUAGAGGGUUCAGAGAUUCUCUGACGUACUUGGAGGAACUUGGAAUUCAAGUCAAAAUGCCCUCAUUUAUGGAAAAAGGGGAGAAACAGUUGUCUACAGAUGCAGCCAAUACAAGUCGUUUAGUAACAAAGAUAAGAUGGGUUGUUGAGAGCGCAAAUGCAAGAAUAAAACAAUGGAAAUACCUCAGUUACAUUUUGCCAUCCAGCCAGAUCCCCUUUAUAGGGGAUUACGUCAGAAUUGUAUGCAGCAUUUGCAACAGGUAUUUAAAACCCCUUGCCAGUGGGAGUGUUGAAGAGGACCAGGCUCUUGGAGCUAAGAUGCUAUUUCUGUCCAAACAGGUCAACCAGCUGAAGGAGCAAGUGGAGGAACAGCAUCUAGACCGCCGGACUGUAUGUUGGAGAGAAGUGAGCGAGGUGGUUGACUUCCCACAGUUGGAUGAGGAGAGGCUGCGUGAACUGACGUGUGGAAGUUACCAGCUCCGUCUAUCCACCAGCUAUGCUCAAGAGCACAUAGAAGGGGGAUGUACCAUCCACAUGCACAAGGAGGAGGAGGGACUAUUGAGGAUACGUCUUCAGAGCAGGCACAUUUCUUCAAAGACCUACCAACUCUGGAUUAGGUACAAGGAUGGUGACAUUGUUGCAUGGUAUUGCAAGUGUAGAGCUGGUGCACGGGUUGUUGGCAUGUGCGCUCACACAGCAUCCAUUGUAUGGUACCUUGGGUAUGCGCGGCACAGGUGUAACCCAGGCAAAAUUGGAGUGCGUGACUGGGGAGAGUUCUUGGAGGAUGCCACAGCAGUGGACGAGUCUGAAGAAAGCGACAGUUCAGGUGAUGAAAGUCCUGUAGAGGAAUAAUUUCCUUUUCUUAUGCAGUCUUAUUUUUAGGUAUAUAAAAAUUCUAGUUCAGUUUUCUACAAAAAUGAUUAAUUAAUAUGUAUGGAAAACAUUCAUAACAUUAAUAUAUUGGUAUUUUGUAUUCUGUAGAGACAAAGUAUGAUUUUAUCACAAGAAUUUUCUUCUAUUUGCAUGACCAUUGACCAAGCAUUUAAUCAUAUUAACAAUUACAUGUACUUUUGUAUGUCAGCAUUCAUACAUGUAUGUCCUUGUGUUCCAAUGUUGUUCCCAAUGACCUAAACUAGACUGUUAGUGUUAGAUGUUUCAUUAUUUAUGAAUAUAUUGUAUAUUUUGAUUUUUUUUGCAAUCAUUUUUUUAUGAUGAUGUGACUAGAUAAAAAAUGUUAUGUUGCUCUCUCAUUUUUAUUUCUAACAAGAAUUUUAUAUUUUAAUUUGCUACUUUAUAGAGUGAAUUUCAUAGCAUUGCAAUUUUUUUACAAUAAGAAUAUUAAUGUAUGGUUUAAAGGAGUUUAAACACUGAAUUGUUUUAACGGUGUUUAUAAAAAUAAUAAUUUUAAUUGUUGUAAAUGUUAAUGAAUUACAUUUUAAUUAAGAUAAACUUGAUUGCAGUUUAAAUGCUUUACUAAUUUUAGCAAUAUGCUACCACUGAGUGAAAUGAGUGAUAGAUAGAUAGAUAGAUAGAUAGAUAGAUAGAUAGAUAGAUAGAUAGAUAGAUAGAUAGAUAGAUAGAUAGCUGAAGAAAUCUUAUCAUUUUGGGAAAAAAUCUGACAUACACAUAUAUACAGUCUGUAUACACACUGCAUUUUGUUUGGGCAGAUGUACAUGUAUAAUUCAUAAUAAGAUUAAUUUCAGUUUUAGUUAAGAGAGUUCAUAUCUUAGAUUUGUUGUUGUUGAUGGUUGUUUCGUUUGUUUGAUUCGUAAUUUCAUGGACUGAAUGUGAAGAUUAUAAGGAAAAUGCAGAGAGAGAGAGAGAGAGAGAGAGAGAGAGAGAGAGAGAGAGAGAGAGAGAGAGAGAGAAUGUGUGUGUGUCUGUUUACAACUUUACAACAAUCCUAGAUUAUAAAUAUUCUUCAAAUAAUUUGAUUAUUUAUUAUAUAAAUGACAAUUGAUUGAU